AAGAUGUCUCGCUUAGAAGCUAAAAAGCCUUCUUUAUGUACCAGUGCACCUUUAACUAAAGACAUAGUGAGUCACUCCAUGUCCGUGUUAAGUGGAAUACUAAAAUCUUGCUAUGGCCCUACAGGUAGGCUUAAACAGCUUCACAAUGGUAUGGGAGGCUAUGUUCGCACAACUUCACAAUCUUCUACCCUGCUUAGUGGCCUUUCUGCCACUCAUCCGAUAUUGAAGGUUUUGACAGCUUCUGUACAGAACCAUGUAUCACGCUUCAGUGACUGUGGCUUAUUCACAGCCAUUCUUUGCUGCAACCUGCUUGAAAAUUUCCAAAGAAUAAAGUUACUGCCCUGUAUUGUCGCUAAAAUUAGCAGACAUCUUUUGAGCUUAUGUACUGACUAUCUCAAGUCUGAGGCCUGCGAUUGCCGAAUAUUGGUGGAUUUUAAUAGCAUUGAGACUCUUCUUUGUUUGGUACGUAGUGUAUUGACAAGCAAACCUGCCUGCAUGCUUAACAAAACAGAAGCAGAUUAUAUUGGCAUACUGGUUAUAAAAGCUUUUUUGCUUACAGUGCCAAAUAAUGUAGAAACUAAUGUUGCUCUGGGAAAGUGCAUAAUUGUACCUGUGAAAAACAAGAGAGUUAUGGAUUCUACUGUGUUUCCUGGACUGCUUAUAGAAAUACCAGAACUUCAGAUGGCAAGAACAUUUUCUAUUAGAAGAGUUUCUUCAAGCAGUAUUAAGAUGGCACUCUUCUGCAUUUCUCUGUCAGGAGAUCAUUCCAGUACUGGAGAAGGAACAGUGGUUGUCCACCAUGGAGUUUCCCUAGAACUAGCGGAAUUGGAUCAAUUACUGAAUUUAGGAAAGCAGUUGGUUAAUGACCAGGUAGGCGUUGUAGUGUGCCAGAAAGUUAUCCACCCAUCCUUGAAGCAGUACCUUAGAGAGCACCAUAUCAUCACUGUAGACAGAGUUGGACUUUCUGUAAUGGAACCUUUGAGUCAAAUGACAGGUUCAAAGCCUAUAGCUGCCAUAUAUUCUUUGUCUCCUAGUUGUUAUGGCAGUCUGAAGGAUCUGCGUACUGAGAAUUUUGUUUCAAAACAUUUCUUGCAUCUAAUUCCUAAUGAUACCCUUGUCUGCAGCUUGAUACUCUGUAACAGAAAUGAAACAGCAUGGGAUGAACUAAAGGUUGCCUGUCAAACCGCAGAACACGUCUUACAGUUAACAGUCAAGCAACCUUUGGCACUGUUAGGAGGUGGCUGUACAGAAACUCAUUUGGCCUCAUAUGUAAAAUACAAGGUUUUUAACCUUCCCACUAGUACUUUUGAAUCUCUGGAUUGUUCUCAGGCACAAUAUCAAUUGGUUGCUGAUGCUUUUUGCCAUUCAUUGGAGUCCAUAGCUUGCUGUCUGGAGCAUGAUAAUGGUGAAAUUCUUACUGAUGCAGUAUAUGGACACUUUUGGUCUAUUCCAUCAGGUUUUCCUUCUGAUACUACGUGGUCAGAUUUAGUUUCAAAAUGUGGUUGUGGGAUGCACAGCAACCAGCAGAAGCUCAAAUGGAUGGUUUUACGAAACCAGCAUAGCCCCUUUACUCCACAGAGCUGCUGCAAAGACCCUUGUGUAAAGUCCCCUGACCUUCGGGCAUUGGACUGUUUUGUUGCAAAAUUCAGCGGUCUGCAAGUGGCAGUGGAAACAGCCAAUCUCAUUUUGGACCUGUCGUAUAUAAUUGAAGAUCAAAAUUAGUUCAGUUUGCAUGUGUAUUAUUAGGGGGGAAGCAGCAUAUUUAUUUGUACAUUUCAAGAGCAGAAUCAUACAUAACAUAUGAAGAGACUUUUAGGCAGGGUCAGAGUAUCUUCUUCUGGUCUCCUUGCCCAGAUAGGCUCAGUCUACCCCUCUUCUCUUAAUUAAUUUUAUACAGACUCAGUCCUCACCCCAACCCUUCUCCUAAUAAUCUUCUCCAUUCAUUCCUUUCCCAAGCCAGUUCCAGUCCAACCUCACCCUAUUCUUGCAGCUCCCACUCCCAGUCUCUAUUUCAGUCCAACUUUUUUAUCCAAUCUGCAUAUGAAUCAUGUGCCUUCUUGCUCUGUGUUAAUUGGCUCCAAGCAUGGAAAGAAGAGUCAUUAAGAGCAUAGGAAUGACAGUUUCCCUAUUCUCUGUUCCAGUGUUUGAGAUGCAAGUUCAGGAAAAGUGCUGCUGAGCUUCUGUAGCCCUGGGUUUGAGUCUUAUGAUAGAUGGAAUCUACAUGGACUAGUUGCAAAGUCCUAAUUAGUCUCUACAGAGCAUGUGAAGGCAUUACAUUUAUAGACAUAUAAGCUGACAAAAUGUAGAUAGGCUUUCUUGAAAGUAGCAAGAGAAACAGGCAUGUUUCUUGGAAACAUGUUUGACACUAAGCACGCUCCUGCCAAAUGUUAAAGCUUGCGGGGGUGGGGGGAGAACUAAAGUCUACCAAUUAAAUAGUCCUAAGAUUUUUAAUAUGGCAAAACAGUGUCUUUUUCCCUACUUUGAUUUCCAGAAGCUCUGAUUCUAAAUAAUUUUGACUAAACUUUUCCAAUGAAGUCAGACACCAGUAGACACUUAGCAUGAAAACUCUUGAGUCCAAGAUGUUAUUUGGAAAAGCACUUGAAUAUAGGAUCUUGUAAUGGGAAGUGCUAAGCACCCAUAAUAAUUGAUGGAACUAUCAGUUUUGCCUUUAAUAAAUACUAAUCCUAUAACAAGUUUAAAGAACACUUCUAUAGCCACUUCAAAGCAUUUCAUCCCCUGUAAUACAACAAUGAGUUCUUGAAAAAAUGACCUAGAAAUCAGAACUAUAUGCCAGAUACUGCUUCAGCUAUAUCAGAUAUGCAGAAUGUUAUACCAAAUGGCAAAUAUUAAAACAUCACAACUGACUGUAAUUCAGGAGUCAGUACUUUUUCUGUCAUAUGCUGGGAUUGCCCUAGAUACCAGAUCUUUUCAAACACAGUUAAUAACAUGGUUUCUGUAGUAAAUAGUGCUUUACUUGAGUUAGUUAAUGAACAUUUACUCACAAAGUUUGCUUCUUGCUCAUACCCACUAAAAUCAUUAUUUUGUGCAGUUGGUAAGAUGAGAGAGAGGUUUGUUAUACAAAAUGGCAUUAAUUUGUAAUGUGGAAUAAUACUUUUCUCCUUUUUACUAAAUUUACUGAAUCUGAUAUAUGAGCAGGUAAACCAUCACUAUAAUUAUCCACUGUAUCAUUUUGAUUUCCUGUGUAAGACACUUCAUAGUUGGAAACAUGAUUAUUAUGUAUAUUUGUUCUACUCCUGUAGGUAAAGUUUCAAAGUUGUUUAGGAUUUAAACAAUGGAGCUUUGAUUAAUAACAAUAAUAAUAAUAAACUGGAUGGUUAGUAUUUAUUUAGCACAGUACAGUCAAUAUUUUUUUUAAACAAUCACACAACAUCUUCCUGUUUUCUUAUACUAAUCAUAAAUACACCUUUGAAGUGUUCCUGACACAGAACCAGGGUCUGUGGCAAUUUUUAUUAGCUGGGGAAGACUAUUUUGGAGUUUAGCUAGGAUAUGUUGUCUGUUUUUUUAUAUAGCUUUCUGCUGGCUAAUGUAGCAUUUGAUUUUGAUCAGGGAAUAUUCUGCUUCCUAGCCAGAAAUAUUUCAGCAUAGUUUUUGCGUUAAUCCCAUUUAAAGAUCAUGAAGCCGAUAUUUCUCUUCAAGUAGGUGGGUAGGUGGAAGGGUAGAAGUUAUUUGGUGCACAUGGAAAUAGGGGACAGCACUUUCACAUAAUAAGGUCACUGCUUAGCUAGUAUAGAUUCAUAGAUGUUAGGGUCGGAAGGGACCUCAAUAGAUCAUCAAGUCCGACCCCCUGCAUAAGCAGGAAAGAGUGCUGGGUCUAGAUGACCCCAGCUAGAUACUCGUCUAACCUCCUCUUGAAGACCCCCAGGGUAGGGGAGAGCACCACCUCCCUUGGGAGCCCGUUCCAGACCUUGGCCACUUGAACUGUGAAGAAGUUCUUCCUUAUGUCCAGUCUAAAUCUGCUCUCUACUAGCUUGUGGCCAUUGUUUCUUGUAACAAACUGUCUAAAUUCCAGGGGCAUUGGAUAUUUCUCACUAGGGGAGGAUUUUCUCCUAUAUUCUUUCCAAAUCUACCCUCCUUUACACACAGCAAUAUGACUGAGAGGUCAUUUUUUUAAUAUUAGUCCAGCAGUGUGGCUUAGAUACUGGCCAUACACCCAAUGGGGAGGGAAAUAGCAGAGCAUGAAAAAGCCAUCUGCUGUGUGAUUGUGGUGGGAAAUUUACUACAUUAGGGACUGCUUCUCACAGAGCUCCAGUCUCUGCAACUCAAAGCUUUCAACUGUGCAAUAUAUCAUCAUCUAGAAAGGGGCUGAACUGAAAAAACAACAAACAUAUAUAUUUUUUAAUUCUCUCACUUUCUGCAGUUAUUUCUGUGAAGGGGACUCUUUGUUAGGGAGCAGAAAAAAAGGUACAAGAAAAUAAUACUGUGCUAUAAAUGAGCUUAGAAUUAUUCAUGUGGAUAAAUUGGUUUAUUUCUGAAAAGAAUACUGGAACCUCUGAAAAAUAUUCACCUAGCCAUUUCAAAAAAGAUUCUAUCUGGAAGCAGUAUGGAGCCAAAUAGCGCUGCUAAAGAUUAUCUAAAAAAAAACCCCUAAGUGUCCAGAUUUUGUUUGUGAUAAAAGUACAUGUUAUGCUUACUUUCCCUUCCAAUUUUCUUUUCCAACACGACUCUUUCAAUCUCUGUUGUGCAGUGUUGUCACGACUGGAAAUAAAAUGUCUUGAACAAC